UAGUAUUAAACCGGGCGGGCGCCAGUACCAGGAUGAGGAAGUGGAACUUCCAAACUUGUUUCUUUUGGACUUCCCGGCUAACAUGAUAGAACUACUUUCACUUCUUCAAAUUUGCCUUUGUAAUCGUAAACACUUGUGGAAAGAAGCUCGGCGAUGUCGAGCUGGUGUCGGAGCGCCUUCGGGGUAGUCGGUCGAGUCGAGCCGCUCGUCGUGCUCGAGCAGCUGGGCACCUCGUUGUUCGACACAGCUCUGCUCAUGGUGGUCAAGGACCGGUACGCCGACCCCACUCACCCCGGAACUGGUGCUCGUCUCUCCGGGGAGGACGAGCAGCAGAAAGCCAUAUCGGAUUUCUACAUGGUCACCAACCUCAUCGCCCAGCUGACGCCCAUCGUGCCCGCUCUCCUUCUCGCCAAGGCGGGGGACCGCGGGUGGAGGCGAGUCCCCGUCGUAGUGCCCUUGUGCGGGUACCUGCUGUCUAGCGUCGCCCUCCUCCUGGUGGUUCUGUUAGGGCUGCCCAUCCAGGUGAUGUUCGGGGCGGCGGGUAUCCUGGGGAUCACCGGCGGGUUCUGCGCUUACUGGCCCGGCGUCAUGACAUUGGCGUCCCUCGCUUCCAACACGGAGAAUCGCUCUCAGGUAAUGAUGAGAGUGGAGCUGAUGUACGGAGCGGCAGGUCUGCUGGGCAGUCUGCUGUCCGGUCAUGUGUUCCUGCUGUACAGUUCCAGAGUUGGACACGGUACUGUCCUACUCUGUGUCUGCACGCUUCUCCACUUGCUGAGCCUCAUGCAUUCCACUGUGCUGUUGCAGGUAAGGGAAGCAUCAAGUCAGCCCGAUGAGAGCAGCGCCCUCCUCCCUCACGCCUCCAACGGUGUUCCCUCCGAAACGUCUUCAAGGAAGAACACCGUGAACGUGGUUCUGCUCUUCUCCGCUGCUAUCUUGUACGGGUCGGCCGUGGGCGGAGCCGUUGAGAUCCUGGCCAUCUUUGUGAUAAAAGAGCCGCUCCAAUGGAACGCUGCCCAGGUGGGUUAUGGGAAUGCAGCGGGCUUUGUGAUCUUCCUUACCAGUUUCCUUGGCGCCGUUGCAUUUCGCCGCUGCGUGAGCGAUGUGGCGCUCAUCCUCAUCGGCAUGCUUUCGUUCGCGACUGGAAUCUACUUCAUGUCCUUCGUCAUCGCAUCCUACAUGUUCUACAUCGCUCGCUCACUUGGCCUCUUUGGUCUCAUCCCUCUGCCUACAAUCAGAUCACUACUCUCGCAGCAGGUUCCGUCAUCCCUGUGUGGCAUCACUCUGACCACCCUCCAGCUGGCUCUGAGGCUUGCAGCGCUCGCGUACAUCCCUGUCUUCACUAAACUCUACCAGAGAACACUAGGCUGGUUUCCAGGCUUCGUCUUCACGCUCUCGAGCGUUGUGGCCGUUCUGGGAAUGAUACCCAUCAGCGUCGUGGGAUGCAGGUGGUCUAGGCACAGAGAUUCCGAAGAGACAGGGGCGACGACUGAGGUGCGCAAUGCGGAUGAGGACGACUAAAAAGCACAUCCUAAAAAGAUAGAAUCGCAAACACUGCUGAAAAGGAAGUGCAGGAAACAAUGAGGCAACCAGUUCACGAUGUACCCCACCAAUCACCUCAUCUAAAAUGGCAUUGAAUCCAGCUAUUAUUAUUAGCUCUCAGUGCCUUUCAACCUGAGCACCCCAGUGCACUUAGCAACAGUCGCCAUGACGCCAGCAGGCGGUGUCUCUCCCUGACUCUAUCCUUCAUCACGUGGUGGAAAUGGCCUGCGCGGCAAUGGCGCUCUCAAAGUCACCACUAAGAAGAAGCGAAUACAAGCAGAGUGUCAGUGCGGCAAAUCAAAGUGACUGAAUUUAUCCUCGGAUCGUUUUUCAUUUCCCCAAAAUGGAAUUAAUGUGUUCUGUCAGCCGAGAAAACAGCAUUAGUUUACCGCAUUUUGAUGCUGCGUGAUCUGUUUAUGUAGUAAAGAUGAGCCAGCUUUCCUAUUUAUAGAUUAAAUGUGUCUUGAUGUUCAAUUAUUCUUUACAGGUAAAUGUGACUAAUGAAAACAAAGGCAGACAAUGACCCAAAUGCACUCGCAAAAUCACGAACUAAAACCCUCCACCAGUAAUGUCUUUACUAAGUAAGAAUAUUUGAAUGUAUUUGGUCAGAUUUACGAUCAUUUGAGAUUUGUAUUUUUUUUUUUUUUUUGCAGUCUUUAAUACAUGAACAUCCAUCCAUCCAUCCAUUUUCUUUGCUGCUUAUCCUUACUGGGGUUGCGGGGAGUGCUGGAGCCUAUCCUAGCUGUCAAUGGGCAGGAGGCGGGGUACACCCUGAACUGGUUGCCAGCCAAUCACAAGGCACAUCGAAACAAACACCCGCACUCACAAUUACACUGUGGGCCAAUUUACAGUGUCCAAUUAAUGUUGCAUGUUUUUGGGAUGUGUAUGUGUGUGCCGCCCUAUAACAGUAUAUGAUAUAUAAUUUUAAAACACUUGUUACACUUAUUUGGAUAUAUUAUCUACAAUAUCUAACUAAUAGCUAAUUCUAUUCGAGUCGUUACUUUUGUAUUAUUCAUUGAACCUUCGAACCAGUGGUGGAACAACUCAGAUUCCUUCCUCAGGUUUGAGGGAAAGAUAGUUCAAUAUUCAAACAAUAACCCAAAAUAGGUGGAAAAUAAAGCUAAACCCUCAAAAAGAUUAUUCGCAUUUCAUUUAAAACCAUUUUGAUGUCAAGAAAUCGCCACUCUUGAACUGUAGAACUCAAUUUACAUUGUUUUUUUAUGGCCAACAUUGAGUCAAAAGCGAACAAAUCGAAAAGAUGGAACAAAUGAAAACAUAUGCAGCUCGCUGUAGGCCAUAGUGUGUUCCAGUAAAUAUGCUUAAAUAGGGUGCACCCUCAGUCAGCAUCAAUUGGAGACUUGUCCAAGGUGCCCCCUUCUCCCCUUGAACCUGAGAUAGACUUUAUCUCACCCGCAACCCUAAUGAGGACACUCGCUCCAGAAAAUGGAUGGAUGCACGUUACGCACAUGACAAGGGCC